GACGUAACGAUGUAGAAGGUACACAAAAAGUCACGCGCGUGCCUUGUACCAAAUCAGAGAGUGUGAGAGAGAGAAGGAGAUUCCCAGCCGGGUAUUGUUGUUAGGUGGAAGAUGGAUUCACGCAGAUGUGGUCACGUGGGGGGUACCUUCGCAAUGCUGUUACUGGCCGGUGUAUUGGUCUUGCUAUGUGGGAGAUGUACUUGCAUGCUGUUUAAUACCAGAACUACAAAGCAAACGUGUAUCCCAUGGCUGUCUACACAAACUGUCCAGUUGUUGACCAGAGGGAUGUCGAACAUGACCAACUUGGAAAGCUACCUCUUGCCAAACAUUGCCAUUUCUCGAGUGUCUGGAACAAGAGGCAACGGAUUGGUCCGAGAGUUUAUCAGAACAGAAAUGACCAGUCUUGGCUGGCACGUGGAGGAAGAUCAAUUCAGGGAUUUGACGCCCUAUGGGGAAAUCCCAUUUAGUAACGUUAUUGCCACAUUGGAUCCCGCUGUGACCAAACGAAUCGUUUUGGCUUGUCACUACGAUUCCAAGCUCUUGCCAGGCUUUGUGGCAGCCAGUGAUUCAGCGGCGCCCUGCUCCGUCAUGAUUGAAACUGCCCGCUGGCUGGGCUCAAUGGUCUCCGAGGCCUACAGUCAGGGAACCAUCGAUUUUACACUCCAGUUGUUAUUCUUUGACGGCGAGGAAGCGUUCAUCCGUUGGUCAGACGACGACUCCCUCUACGGGUCCAGACACCUGGCAGAGCUCUGGGAGAGGACACCCGACAGAAACUACCCUUCAGUCAACAGCUUGAAAAAUAUUAAAUUCUUCAUACUGCUUGACCUGAUUGGUACAACAGACACGCGCUUCGUUAACUACUACAGCAAUACUUCGUCCCUGUACUACAGAAUGGUCACUAUAGAGCAAUGUUUAAAACGAAUGAGUUUACUGCCAGCAGCGACCUACCAAUCUGUCAUGUUCAGUACACGAGGUGCCAGUCAAAAUGUGGAAGAUGACCACACACCAUUCAUACAUAAAGGUGUUCCAGUUCUACAUUUGAUCUCCACACCGUUCCCAACUGCCUGGCACUCCGUUAGGGACACGAUUGGAAAUUUGAACUUUCAGGUCAUCGACAAGUUCUCCAGAGUCCUGCGGGUGUUUUUAGCCUCCUUGUUGACUGGCUCAUAAACAGACCAUGAUACAAGGACUCACUUUAGUGCCUGUGAUAACAAGUUGGCCAGAUUUUGUUGAGGGUACCAGACUAACAAAGAAUCUCAUCCUGUAUGAGUGAAUGUGUUGGAAUGAAUUGUAAAAAAAAAAAUAAUAAUUUAUUUUGGCAUAUGUAAUAUACAUUUGACUUUUUUUCAAACUUUAAAAAAAAAAAAAGGUGACAUUGAAAUGAAAGGUAAAUUAUAUCUGUAAUAUUUAAAAUGCUAAAUGAGGUUUCAGAGUAUAGUAGAAUUAUGUUAUGGCAGUGUAGUUAUUGGCUUGGCUGCAAAACAGAAGUAUUAAGUUUGAGAUUGUAUUAGAAAUUAGGUAUGUUUUGGAUAAAGUUAAGUGUUUUGGUUGGUCAUUGUGCUAGUCACAUAGCAGCUUCGUGAACAAUUGGUCACAAAACUAGUUCAUCUGACCCAUGAACAUCUUGGUUUCUUCCACAUAAGCCCCCCACCUAUACAAAUGUCCAGGAGCAUCUUUUUUUUCUAAUUACAUUUAUACACCAGUAUCAACUUUCCAAUGAGAAAAUGGUGAAAAUUAGGUGAAAAAAAAAAAGUCUAGUUGGGUUUCUUUUUGUGGCUUAUCUAGGUUUAAAUAUUUUCAAGCAAACAUACUUGUAAGUAUCAGAUGUUCCUUUAGAAAUGAAGAUUAUGUUCUAGCACUAAACUCCCGAAAGGAUGGCAGGGGCUUAUGGAAGGUGGGAGCGCGGACCAUCGUGAUGAGGGUUUAGAAUGCAAGCUACAUGACCAGGCAGCCAUGCAUGGCCUUGUGACAGUGUGAUGGAUCAAAUUAACAUGAUUGUAAUGGCUCCUAUGAUAAUGUGCUAGUUACAAAAUAAGUUAAGUGUCGGUUUAACUAUGGACUUUUUCAAUAGACAAUCCAAACAGGCCCUAGUGUCAUCAUCGAACCACCAUGGGCCAACUAUAUAUAGACUCUAUAUAGUGUCUCUUUAAAAAAUGUUGUUUUUUUUUAAUGAAGCAUUUGUGGAUAAAAGCUUUUCGGCAUUGAUAAUGAAAUUUUGAACUAAUAAACUGAUAAACAUUUUUAAAAAUAUGAUUUUGGAAGUAAAUAAAAUGAAUUAGUAUCAA